CAGUCAGCUUCAUUCCGCUUCCGGUUGGCCGGGCGCUUCGGCAAAGUUGUCGCUACCGUGGUCGCGAUGGGCAAGUCAGAUUUCCUUACCCCUAAGGCCAUCGCCAACAGGAUCAAAUCCAAGGGGCUUCAGAAGCUGCGCUGGUAUUGCCAGAUGUGCCAGAAGCAGUGCCGGGACGAGAAUGGCUUUAAGUGUCAUUGUAUGUCCGAAUCUCACCAGAGACAACUACUGUUGGCUUCAGAAAAUCCUCAGCAGUUUAUGGAUUACUUCUCCGAGGAAUUCCGAAAUGACUUUCUAGAACUUCUCAGGAGACGCUUUGGCACUAAGAGAGUCCACAACAACAUUGUGUACAAUGAGUAUAUCAGCCACCGGGAGCACAUCCACAUGAAUGCCACCCAGUGGGAGACUCUGACUGAUUUUACCAAGUGGCUGGGCAGAGAAGGCUUGUGCAAGGUGGAUGAGACGCCGAAGGGCUGGUAUAUUCAGUAUAUCGACAGGGACCCAGAAACUAUCCGCCGGCAACUGGAACUGGAGAAGAAGAAGAAGCAGGACCUUGAUGAUGAAGAGAAGACAGCCAAGUUUAUUGAAGAACAAGUGAGAAGAGGUCUGGAAGGGAAAGAACAGGAGGCUCCUGUUUUUACGGAAUUAAGCAGAGAAAAUGAUGAAGAAAAAGUUACAUUCAAUUUGAAUAAAGGAGCAUGUAGUUCAGCAGCAACAUCAUCCAAAUCAAGCUCCUUGGGACCGAGCGCGUUGAAGACAGUCGGGAAUGCGGCAUCAGUUAAGCGAAAAGAAUCUUCCCAGAGCACAGCUCGAUCAAAAGAAAAGAAAAAAAAGAAAUCAGCACUCGAUGAAAUCAUGGAGAUCGAGGAGGAAAGGAAAAGAAGUACCCGAACAGACUAUUGGCUACAGCCUGAAAUCAUUGUGAAAAUUAUAACCAAAAAACUCGGAGAGAAAUAUCAUAAGAGAAAGGGUGUUGUUAAGGAAGUAAUUGACAAAUACACAGCUGUCGUCAAGAUGAUCGACUCCGGAGACAAGCUGAAACUUGACCAGACUCAUUUAGAAACAGUAAUUCCAGCACCAGGAAAAAGAAUUCUCGUUUUAAACGGAGGCUACAGAGGAAAUGAAGGUACCUUAGAAUCCAUCAAUGAGAAGACUUUUUCAGCUACCAUAGUCAUUGAAACUGGUUGUUGUGAGAACUGCAGAAAAUACACAGGAGGUGUCAGACGGGGAGUCACGCAUCUGUGGCCCCGCCUGGUGUUAAUCUGGCCUGAAGAAUUUCGUUAGGGAGAAUGGGUCUCCCUGGUCAGAACAGGGAAACCAUUCGGAUUGAUAUUUACGAAAAGCUUUGAAGAUAGGCUACAGGAGUCCUGAAGAUGAUUGGAAGAUAGGGGCCCUGCGACACCCCAGCUGAGAUUUACGGUGACGACCUACUCCUCUCUACAGAAUUACGUUCUGAUCAAUCCCUAGUGGGUUGCAGAAUGCUCCAAAGAAUAAGCAAGCGUAAUACAGGUAACUGUCAGGUUGUUUUCCUUUAUUGCUGAGAGCACAAUACUUUCAGAAACUAAUCAAGAGGUAAACAGUGGAAGAAUCUCUUCCUUUCCACUGAUCCCUAGUAAUUUGGUUCCUUCAUUUGAAAUUCAAAAUGGAGUAACCAUUUGUAACUCAAAAUUAAUUAUAUAGAGAAGGCAUAUUUCUGGUCGCAAUGGGGACGCGUGGACAGCAUUAAUACAAUUUUAGUUGUCUUAUUCAAAACGCCAGCUAUUAAUAAAAGUUUUGAUAAUUGAAUAACAUGGAUUUGACUGUAAAUCUAGUUUUACAGAACUGUGUUGUUCAACAUCCUGCAUAUAAAUAUACAGCCUAAGAUCUUCAUUGUUAUUUUUAGAACUACAGAGCACAUGUAAAAUACUAGGAAUCAAACUAAACAUAUAUCUAAAGAUAGUAGUUUUAAAGUCUAAAUUCUUGCCAAGUAGCAGAGUUAAGUGUAAGAACCUACUUUUGAAGUUUGUGUUACAUAUUAGCAUUUUAAGAUCAGUAUUUUUGAAGUAGAAAACGGAAAACCUGGAGUAGACUUUUAAUGUACCAUAGGUACCACAGAUAAAACUAAAAGGCAGUGCCAUUUACCUCUUCAGCACUGAGGUUACCUAUGGAUUCUAGAAAUAUCACAUUUCCUUACUAUUUUACAAUUAGACCAAAAGACAAAAACUUGAUUUUGUAAAUACAGGUUGAGUGUGUAAAAAGAGGCAGUUUUGUGUACUUUCUAAAGUAAAAAUAACUUUUACCAAAUUAUGGAGAGAAAGCUUCAUAAAAACGGACCUGUAGGGGUGCCUGGGUGGCUCUGGCGGUUAAGUGUCCGACUUCAGCUCAGGUCAUGAUCUUGCGGUUCGUGGGUUCGAGCCCCGCGUCGGGCUCUGUGCUGACAGCUGGGAACCUGAAGCCUGCUCCAGAUUCUGUGUCUCCCUCUCUCUCUCUGCCUAUCCCCUGCUUGUUCUCUGUCUCUGUCUCUCUCAAAAAUCAAACAUUAAAAAAAAAUUUUUUUAAUGGACCUUGAAACACUUUUUAAGUGUAAUUUUACCACUUUGACCUUUGAAAAUAUAUCCUAAUUCUAGAAAUUGAUUUUUAAAGGGAAGUUAUAAACAAAGGAAAGUACAGACUUACAACAAACCAGAUUUACACCAAAUCACCCAAAGCCACUAUAUUAAUGCAGACAUAAUGAAGUCCGAUUUGUUGUGUUUUGAUUCUGCCUUAUAAAUGUCAUCAGCCUUUUGUGAGGACAUAGCUUGCUAGUUAAUUUAUUUCAAAAUGCAGUCUAAUCAUAUAAGAUUUAAAAUUACUCUCAGGAAUUGCUUAAAUACAAACAAAAGGUAUAUAAGGAAUACUCAGGAAGCCUCUGUGUUCAAGAUCAUUGAAUCUGUGUGAAACGUGUUGCCACAUAGGGGUGACUUCCAGAGAAUUUGGACCUAUGAUUGUCUCAGAAUUCAUAGUAACAUUAACACUAAGUGAAGUUAGCCGUGUGAGGUAACAUCCUGAGCGAUUUUAAAUAUGCAAAGAAUUUGGGAACAACAAAAUCUCCGAGGUGACCUUAGAAUGCCAUCAGGGAAGCAGGACUGUUACGAGAGAUCGUAAUUUAAUAAGCAGACACCUACCCAUUUGUAUCAUAUCUUAUCUGGAGGAUAGCUUUGAGAAUAGAAACAGGUUAGUGAACUAAGGCCUUGUGAUGGUUUAUUAUAGGUGUCAACAUGGCCGGGCCAUGGGGUACCCAAAGAGUUAGUCAGACACAAUCUGGGGUGUUUCUACGAAGCUGGUUUUGGAUGAAAUUUACAUUUAAGUCAUAGCCUGAGUAAAACAGGUGGGCUUCCCUAAGUGGACCUCAUCCAACCAGUUGAAGGCCUGAGUACAACAAAAAGGAUGACCCCCCUCCCCCCCCAGUAAGAGGGAAUUCUCUAGCUGCCUGCCUUUGGAUUUCAUCGGCAGCAUGGAUUUUUCCUGCCUAAUGGCCUUCAAACAAAAACCGGCUUCCCCCAGAUCUCCUGCCCCAUCAGUCAGCCCAUCCUGCAGGUUUGAAACUACCAUCCUUUAUAAUGAUGUGAACAAAUUAUUGUAUAAAUCACCCCCCCCAUAUAUAUAUGCAUAGUUGUGUUUCUCUAGAGCACCCUGACUUACACAGUCUGCACGGACUAAAAAGGAUCUCUGAGGCCAACACUGUGGAGGAAAUGUUGGCCAACCACACUGGGCCAUCGCAGGGACCAUGGCAAGCCUAUCCCAGCAACUGGCGACAGGGCUUUUGCUGCCGCGAAACAAUUAAGAUCAGGCAACUUCCCCGGUUCUUACUCGACGUUCGCCAAAUAACCUUCUCAUAAUUGAACAUCCCACGUACCUGAUAGCAUCAAAAUAUACUCAACCUACAGGGCUGAAGACCAGACCCUCGAGAAUAAUGAAAUCAUCACAGCAAAUGCCAAGUUGAGGGCUCCGUCUGGAUGCCAGCGCGAGUGGCCAAAGCAGCUUUUCCUUUGCAUGACCCUGAUUAAUGCAUCUUAACAUCUGAAAACUCGACAAAAUGCUGAAUCUUCUUUGCAAAGUAUUUAUUUUCUUCGGCUGUAU